GUGUAUAUCUAUCUCUCCUCACAACAACUCUAAGUCCCGCCUAACUUAUAUCCUGUCCCCCAGUCCCCACAAGCGCAAUUCAGAAUGGCGCAUACAUCCGCCCUAUUCGAGUCCUUCCCGGACACGUCCCAGCGCAUCCUCGAUGACAUCGAAAAGCAGUUCCAGCUCGACCAGAAGGACCUUGUCGAGCUCACGACGCAGUUUUUACGCGAAUUCAGCUUGGGUUUGGGAGAGUACAACCAUCCGAUGGCUAUGAUCCCGACUUUCGUCACAGGUGUUCCGGAUGGCACUGAAACUGGCACAUUCCUCGCACUCGAUCUCGGUGGGACAAACCUUCGUGUCUGCGAAGUCGAGUUACACGGAGACCACACCUUCACCCUUCGUCAGCAGAAGUACAAAGUCUCAGAGGCCCUCAAGGUCGGCGAGGCGGCCGCGCUGUUUGACUAUCUAGCAGAUUCCGUCGACGCUUUCCUGACGGACCACGCGUCUUCCGCAACACCGCAAGGCGACGCGGACCUGAUUCCACUGGGCCUGACCUUCUCGUUCCCCGUCGAGCAGACAGCCUUGGACGAGGGGAAGAUCUUGACAUGGACGAAAGGUUUCAAUGCAAAAAACUCCAUCGGACGAGACGUGGUCAAGCUGUUACAGGACGCGUUCGACCGGAAGCAUUUACACGUAAAGUGCGUCGCGCUAAUCAAUGACACAGUAGGCGCCCUACUCUCGCGCUCCUAUACUGCAGGAGCGUCUCUACUAGGCAAGUGUGCCAUCUUCGGUACCGGUACAAACGGUGCCUACCUCGAAGACGUUGCGAAGAUCACCAAGCUCGGCAAUUCUCCGGCGGCUGCCAAAGGCGGAAAGAUGAUCGUCAAUACGGAAUGGGGCGCAUUCGACAAUGCCCGGAUAGUGCUCCCCAGUACUCCGUUUGACAACAAGUUGGACCGAGAGUCGAUCAAUCCGCACUUCCAGGCAUUUGAGAAGUUCAUUUCCGGGAUGUACCUCGGUGAAAUCACGCGGAAUCUUCUGCUCGCGCUCAUGGAUGCUACGCCGAAACCUAUCUUGUUUGGCGGCAAGAGCACGCCCGCGCUCAAUAGCCAUUACGGGCUGGACACCGCGGUGAUGAGUCAGGUGGAGGAGGCAUGGGAGGGUAUCCAGGAGAAGGAUACCGUGGCGGACAUUAAGCAAGGCGACAAGACGAUGGAGAGCACGAGCCCGGAGGCGACGGCCAUCGUCAACGGAACGGCCGCUCCAGCCCAGCCAAAGGUGACGCUGAAGUUCGACCCUGAGUCGACGCAAAAUGAGAUGAAGGGCCCGUCGUCGCUGCCGACAUCGUAUUCGCCGCAGCAGCUGGCGGCGCUCGAGCGGAUCAGGGCGGUGCUCGUGCGCGAGCUCGGGUUCCAGUCGCCGGAGGACGUGACGCUAAGGGAUGCCGCGAUUGUGCGGUGGGCGUGUGCGUUGGUCGCGGAGAGGGCGGCGAAGCUCAGCUCGUGCGCUGUUGCUGCCGUUCUUGUGCAGACCGGGUACGCGAAGUUGGGAGGUGGAGUUGUCGAGGGUGCGGAUAAGACCCGAAUUGGCGUCGGCGUGGACGGAAGUCUCAUCCAACAUUAUCCGAGAUUCCAGGCCCAGGUGAUGCAGUCGCUGCGUGGUCUCGUAGGGAAGGACGUGGAAGAGCGAGUGGAAUUGGGUAUGGCGAAAGACGGAAGUGGCGUCGGAGCUGCUCUCUGCGCUUUGAUGGCCAUCAAACAACAUCCCGACAUCCUAAACCAAGGUUCUUGAUUCCCUUAGAUAUAUUGAUAGAAAUAAGGCAUAAAAUGUAGCGAAAGAAACUUGUACGUUUAGCGAAGCUUUCUUGUAUCCCUGUUGAUCUGUGUUCUACGUCUUGGCGCUAGCCGCUCGCUGCUUCAGGGGGUGUGGCCUUUGGGAUCCUGAUGAGAGACAGUAUGAGUUAUGGAAGUAAAUAAUGCCGUGUAUUGUAAAAGUCUUGUCAGAAUAUAGAAAGCAACUCAUUCGCUGACGUGGCGCGU